CAGUGUGGCGAGGCGGGCGGGCAGCGCUCCGCUCCCGGUGCCGCUGCCGAUCCCGCUGCCGCCGCCGCCAUGCCGCCGCCCGGCCCCCGCCGCCUCUCCCUCCUCCUCCUCUCCUUCUUCCUCCCCGCGCUGCUGCUCCGCCGGGCGCUGGCCGCCGCAGGGCUGGAGUACAGCGACGUGCUGCCCGACUCGUUCCCAUCGGCGCCGGCCGAGACGCUGCCGCACUUCCUGCUGGAGCCGCAGGACGCCUACAUCGUCAAGAACAAGCCCGUGGAGCUGGUGUGCCGCGCCAACCCCGCCACGCAGAUCUACUUCAAGUGCAACGGCGAGUGGGUCAACCAGAACGACCACGUCACCAAGGAGAGCCUGGACGAGGUCACCGGGCUGCUGGUGCGGGAGGUGCAGAUCGAGGUGUCCCGGCAGCAGGUGGAGGAGCUGUUUGGCCUGGAGGAUUACUGGUGCCAGUGCGUGGCCUGGAGCUCGGCGGGCACCACCAAGAGCCGCCGGGCCUACGUCCGCAUCGCCUACCUACGGAAGAACUUUGAUCAGGAGCCGCUGGGCAAGGAGGUCCCACUGGAGCAGGAGGUGCUGCUGCAGUGCCGCCCGCCCGAGGGGGUCCCACAGGCUGAGGUGGAGUGGCUGAGGAACGAGGAUGUCAUCGAUCCCAGCCAGGACACCAACUUCCUGAUCACCAUUGAUCACAACCUCAUCAUCAAGCAGGCCCGGCUGCUGGACACUGCCAAUUACACCUGCAUGGCCAAGAACAUCGUGGCCAAGCGCCGGAGCACCACGGCUGCAGUCAUCGUCUACGUGAAUGGUGGCUGGUCCACCUGGUCCGAGUGGUCUCCGUGCAACAACCGCUGUGGCCGGGGCUGGCAGAAGCGCACCCGCACCUGCACCAACCCCGCGCCCCUCAACGGCGGCUCCUUCUGCGACGGGCAGCCCUUCCAGAAAAUCACCUGCACCACCCUCUGCCCAGUGGACGGCGCGUGGACGGAGUGGAGCAAGUGGUCGGCAUGCAGCACCGAGUGCACCCACUGGCGCAGCCGCGAGUGCGCGGCCCCCGCGCCCCGCAACGGCGGCAAGGACUGCAGCGGGGUGCUGCUGGACUCCAAAAACUGCACCGACGGCCUCUGCCUGCACAAUAAAAGAAUUCUAAACGAGCCCAAAAGCCACCUGCUGGAGGCCACAGGCGAUGUGGCCCUGUACGCUGGGCUGGUGGUGGCCAUUUUUGUCUUCAUCGUGAUCCUCAUGGCCGUGGGGGUGGUGGUGUACCGGAGGAGACGCCGGGAUUUCGACACGGACAUCACGGACUCCUCGGCCGCUCUGACCGGAGGGUUCCACCCGGUCAACUUCAAGACGUCCCGGCAUGACAACCCUCAGCUGCUGCACCCGUCCAUGCAGCCGGACCUGACGGCCAGCGCGGGCGUGUACCGCGGCCCCAUGUACGCCCUGCAGGACUCCUCCGACAAGAUCCCCAUGACCAACUCCCCGCUGCUGGACCCCCUGCCCAGCCUCAAGAUCAAGGUCUACAACUCCUCCACGGCCUCCUCCUCGCCGGGGCUGCACGACAGCACGGACCUGCUGGGGGGGGUCCCCGCCACCGGCACCUACCCGGGGGACACCGGCAGGGACGGCCACUUUGCCAACGUGAGGAGCAAAGGCCUGGGCUCCCAGCACCUCCUCAGCCUGCCCCGCGAGCAUGGCUACAGUGCCAGCGGCACAUUUGGCUACCUGGGGGGAAGGCUGACUGUGCCAGGCACAGGGGUGAGCCUGCUGGUACCCCACGGAGCCAUCCCCCAGGGGAAGUUCUACGAGAUGUACCUGGUGCUCAACAAGGCUGAGACCGCCCUGCUGCCCUCUGAGGGCACACAGACAGUGCUGAGCCCUGCAGUGACCUGCGGGCCCACGGGCCUGCUCCUGUGCCGCCCCGUGGUCCUGAGCAUUCCCCACUGCGCCGACAUCAGCUCCUCGGACUGGAUCUACCAGCUGAAAACACAGUCCCACCAGGGAAACUGGGAGGAAGUUGUGACCCUGGAUGAGGAGACCCUCAACACUCCCUGCUACUGCCAGCUGGAGGCCAAGUCCUGCCACAUUUUGCUGGACCAGCUUGGCACUUACGUCUUUGUGGGGGAGUCCUACUCCAGGUCAGCCAUCAAGAGGCUCCAGCUGGCCAUCUUUGCCCCCACUGUCUGCACCUCCCUGGAGUACAGCCUCAAGGUCUACUGCUUGGAGGACACGCCAGAUGCUCUGAAGGAGGUGCUGGAGCUGGAGAGGACACUGGGAGGGUACCUGCUGGAGGAACCCAAGCCCCUGCCCUUCAAGGACAGCUACCACAACCUGCGCCUCUCCAUCCACGACAUCCCCCACGCGCUGUGGAGGAGCAAACUGCUGGCCAAGUACCAGGAAAUCCCUUUCUACCACAUCUGGAGCGGCAGCCAGCGAGCUCUGCACUGCACCUUCACGCUGGAGAGGUACAGCCAGGCCUCCACCGAGCUCACCUGCAAGAUCUGCGUCCGCCAGGUGGAAGGGGAAGGGCAGAUCUUCCAGCUCCACGUCACGCUGGGAGAGCACGGCAGCUCCUCCGACACCCUGCGCUCCCACCACAGCGGUGCCACCACCACCAGCACCACCCAGGUGGGACCCUACGCCUUCAAAAUCCCCCUCUCCAUCCGGCAGAAGAUCUGCAACAGCCUGGAUGCUCCCAAUUCCAGGGGGAACGACUGGAGACUUCUCGCCCAGAAGCUUUCCAUGGACCGGUAUCUGAACUACUUUGCCACCAAAGCCAGCCCCACCGGGGUGCUCCUGGACUUGUGGGAAGCCGAGCACCAGGACGACGGCGAUCUCAACACCCUGGCCAGUGCCUUAGAGGAGAUGGGCAAGAGCGAGAUGCUGGUGGUCAUGGCCACAGAGGGGGACUGCUGAUGCUGCUCCCCACGCCUGGGGGGCCAGGAGGACCAAGCAGGGGGUGAGGAAGGGUCCUCCCCCGAUGGCAGGGGGAGGCACAUCCGUGCUGAGCGGGGAGGAGCUGCUUCUCCUGCACCACUGUCAGCCUUAGAGACCCAUCCUCAGCGUUUACAAGCAAUCCAAGUGUUACACAGCAUUCCUCCUCCUCCUCCUCCUCGUGGCACGGGGAGGAAUUAGGGCUUCUCGAGUCGGGAUGGGGGCUUUCCUUUUCCUUCUUCUUUUUGGGUUCCCUUCCUCCUCCUUUAAUAGCAUUUCUUGCGUUGAAGAGAUGAAUACAAUCCAGGCUUAACUUCUGUCAAAGGCUUCAGGCAGCUUAACGAGGCAAAUAGGAAAGAAAAAAAAGGAAAAAAAAAAGUUUCUUAGGAAACGCAAAUAAUUUAUUAUCCAGAUCUUUGGAUGUGUCCUUUUUAAAAAAAAAAAAAAAAAAAGAAAGAAAAAAAGAUUUAUAAAUCUUUUGGGUUUUUUGGUGUGUGAGGGCAAGAGCAGCGCUGUGGUCAGGGUGGCAGACAGAGAGAUUUCAAUGGACACACUUUUGUCGGGAAAAGCGUGUGAUCCAAGUUGAGAAAAACAUGUUUACAUGUCCUGGGACCCCCAGGGAGUCCAGAGGUUGAAGUGCCUCUCCACCCCUCUGCUUCAGGGCCAGCUCAGACCCUUCCCAAGGCUUUUGUCCUUGUCCUUUUUCCCUGGCAGUGGGAAUGAUGGGUCCCACUCCACCUGCAAGGAGGGAUGAGGGAUGCUGCCCUGUAUUUAGGGUUCAGGGUGGGGAGAGUGCAUCCAGAUGUGGGUAUUUUUAAUUAAUUCUUCCCUGGCAUGGUUUGGGGGAGCUUUUUAGGAUGACUACGCCUUCACUUACGUAACUUCAGUACAAACCAAAGAUUUCAGUCCUGCACCAACCUCCGGACUCGAGGCUAAAGGGGGGGAUGUUGUAAACCCAGCAGGAUUUUGCAGUGAGCACCCCAAACCUCGCCUUGGGGCUCAGAGGGAGGUGAUGAGCAGGUGUGGAGGGGUCAGGGGAGAGCAGGGGCUGGUGGGCUGCGAUGUGGCCACUUCAAACUGCCUCCACUUCAGGUCCCUGCACUCCUGCCUAGAUUUUGAUGCAGUAUUUCAGCACGGAUUCAGGGAGGGAUACUCUGGUAUUCCCAAGCUGCCAACCAGGCUGAGCGUUUUCACAUGAGGGACAGCAUCAUGAGCAGUGCUCAGGUUUCCAUCCCUCACUGCAGCUCCUGUUUUUCCCCUGGAAUAGGCUUUUUAUAACGAUGGAGAAGCUGUGGGGUGAGUGGAAAGUAAUCAAGUGGUAGGCAGGAACGAGGUUCCUCACACAGGAUAUGGUGUCUUGAUGAAGGUAAAAAAUUUAGGUUGCCUGGAGGUAGAAAUAGUUACUCACUGAGUGCUGUAUCUUAGAAAUUUGUCUGUUUAAAAAAAAAAAAUCAGAAGGGGGUGGUAAGCUCAGGAUUAGACUAGGUCACACGGCCAGGCUGUGGAUUCUCCAUCAGUGGAAGUAUUAGGAGCAUGUCCUGCUCUGGCUGCAGAGCCCUGGAUCAGUGUCCUGGAGUGCCUGUGCCAUCCCACAAAGUGCUGGGCACAGGAGCACACUCAGGGAGCCUGGAGAGCAUCACCUGCACAGGGCAGCUCGGGAGGAGCUUUCAGUAUUGCUGGGCAUGACAGCAUUCCCCUGGGCAGCUCCUGAGGCACUGCUGGAAAGCACUGAGCUGCUCCCUGCUGUGUCUCAGGGUCCCUGGAGCUCACUUCUGGCUGGGUUUUCAAGGCUGUGGGAGAGAAGGGAUCUUUUCCCCUUGUGCUGGAUGGGAAAACUGCUGCUGGGAGAGCUCCUGUGUCACAUGGGAAAGGAUUUAUCUGUCCUUUGGGUUGCAUUUGAGCAUUUCUGAGACCCUCUGCGCUAAGGAAGAAAAGGCAGAUUUGGAGAGCAAUAAAGAGUCUGUGGAUCAAUCCAGCUGCCCGUGGGCUCGAGGGCUCCUUUCUCAGUUCCACGGGGUUCUCUGAGGGAUGAGAUGCUCUUUCAGGUCACCUGGGAAUCUCUCUCACUCCCAUUCUCUGGUUUAUGGAUCACUGUGCUGGGAUGUGUGUCUGUCUGUCCGUCCAUCCGUCCAUCCUGCCCACGGGUGGGAAACUCCAUCCCCCUCCAUCUCUGUUCACCUCCCCUUGGGCAGGCAGCAGCCACCUGGCUUGGCUGAAGUGCAUCGUUGGGGAGCUGCUCCCCGUUUUUCUGGCCAGGGAACCUGCAGCAGGAGCAGGGCAGGGGGGAUGCAGGGUUUGCCUCCCUCUCCCGUGGGUGCCCUCCACACCUCCCAGGGGUUUCUCCAGCCAGGCAUUUUGGCCAAGGCAGCCCCGUGGCCUGGCAGUGUCCAUCUCUUGCCCCAAAAUGUGUUUCCAUAUUUAUAUGUUCAGGGGAUGGGCCCGGUGGCGUCCUCUAAACCCUCGUCUGUUUAUUCUGUAAACUAAAGAACUGUAAAUAAAGUUUAGCAUUCCUAUUGUAACAAAUUAAUUUUUAUGCAAUAAAUUAUAUUUC